CAGCUGAGUCAGGCGGCCUGCAAAGACUCCCGCCCUUCCUCCAGGAUCUUCCAGCACUUUGUUCUAGUUUCUGCUGGUUGGGGCCAUCUUCCCUGGGGACUGGGUAGGGCACAGAUGGGACAGUGGGAACAUGUUAGCUGCACGAUGAAGGGCUAAGGAAUGGAGGGGUGGGAGGUAGGCCCCAGGGUAGGCUGGGCUGGGUGGGAGGCUCUGAGCCUCCCGUCCCACCUGUCCCCAGGAGCCAUGGUCCGAAAGCCUUCCAGCACCAUGUGGAUGGAAACAUUUUCCAGAUGUGAGUGUGUCGGGGCUGGAUGCUCAGCCGGGGCCUCCACCUCCACUCCUUAGCUGGGGAACUAGGCUGAGCUGUGGCCCUGAUCCACCUCCCCGUACAUCCUCCUAGACCUCCUGUCUGCCAACCGCUCUGCCAUCUUUCUGGGCCCCCAGGGCUCCCUGAACCUCCAGGCCAUGUACCUAGAUGAGUACCGGGACCGCCUCUUUCUGGGUGGCCUGGACGCCCUCUACUCUCUACGGCUGGACCAGGCAUGGCCAGAUCCCCGGGAGGUCCUGUGGCCGCCGCAGCCAGGACAGAGGGAGGAGUGUGUUCGAAAGGGAAGAGAUCCUUUGACAGAGUGUGCCAACUUCGUGCGGGUGCUGCAGCCUCACAACCGGACCCACCUGCUAGCCUGUGGCACUGGGGCCUUCCAGCCCACCUGUGCCCUCAUCACAGUUGGCCACCGUGGGGAGGCGGGGAGCUGUACACGGGUCUCACCGCUGACUUUCUGGGGCGAGAGGCCAUGAUCUUCCGAAGUGGAGGUCCUCGGCCAGCUCUGCGUUCUGACUCUGACCAGAGCCUCUUGCACGACCCCCGGUUUGUGAUGGCCGCCCGGAUCCCUGAGAACUCUGACCAGGACAAUGACAAGGUGUACUUCUUCUUCUCGGAGACGGUCCCCUCGCCCGAUGGUGGCUCGAACCAUGUCACUGUCAGCCGUGUGGGCCGCGUCUGCGUGAAUGAUGCUGGGGGCCAGCGGGUGCUGGUGAACAAGUGGAGCACUUUCCUCAAGGCCAGGCUGGUCUGCUCGGUGCCUGGCCCUGGCGGUGCUGAGACCCACUUUGACCAGCUAGAGGACGUGUUCCUGCUGUGGCCCAAGGCCGGGAAGAGCCUCGAGGUGUACGCGCUGUUCAGCACCGUCAGUGCCGUGUUCCAGGGCUUCGCCGUCUGUGUGUACCACAUGGCAGACAUCUGGGAGGUCUUCAACGGGCCCUUUGCCCACCGAGAUGGGCCUCGGCACCAAUGGGGGCCCUAUGGGGGCAAGGUGCCCUUCCCUCGCCCCGGCGUGUGCCCCAGCAAGAUGACCGCACAGCCAGGACGGCCUUUUGACAGCACCAAGGACUACCCAGACGAGGUGCUGCAGUUUGCCCGAGCCCACCCCGUCAUGUUCUGGCCUGUGCGGCCUCGGCAUGGCCGCCCUGUCCUUGUCAAGACCCACCUGGCCCAGCAGCUGCACCAGAUCGUGGUGGACCGCGUGGAGGCAGAGGAUGGGACCUAUGAUGUCAUCUUCCUGGGGACUGACUCAGGCUCCGUGCUCAAAGUCAUCGCCCUCCAGGCAGGGGGCUCAGCUGAACCCGAGGAAGUGGUUCUGGAGGAGCUCCAGGUGUUUAAGGUGCCAACACCUAUCACUGAAAUGGAGAUCUCUGUCAAAAGGCAAAUGCUAUACGUGGGCUCUCGGCUGGGUGUGGCCCAGCUGCGGCUGCACCAAUGUGAGACAUACGGCACUGCCUGUGCAGAGUGCUGCCUGGCCCGGGACCCAUACUGUGCCUGGGAUGGUGCCUCCUGUACCCACUACCGCCCCAGCCUUGGCAAGCGCCGGUUCCGCCGGCAGGACAUCCGGCAUGGCAACCCUGCCCUGCAGUGCCUGGGCCAGAGCCAGGAAGAAGAGGCAGUGGGACUUGUGGCGGCCACCACAGUCUACGGCACGGAGCACAACAGCACCUUCCUGGAGUGCCUGCCCAAGUCUCCCCAGGCUGCUGUGCGCUGGCUCUUGCAGAGGCCAGGGGAUGAGGGGCCUGACCAGGUGAAGACAGACGAGCGAGUCUUGCACACGGACCGGGGGCUGCUGUUCCGCAGGCUCAGCCGUUUCGAUGCGGGCACCUACACCUGCACCACUCUGGAGCAUGGCUUCUCCCAGACUGUGGUCCGCCUGGCUCUGGUGGUGAUUGUGGCCUCACAGCUGGACAACCUGUUCCCUCUGGAGCCAAAGCCAGAGGAGCCCCCAGCCCGGGGAGGCCUGGCUUCCACCCCACCCAAGGCUUGGUACAAGGACAUCCUGCAGCUCAUUGGCUUUGCCAACCUGCCCCGGGUGGAUGAGUACUGUGAGCGCGUGUGGUGCAAGGGCACCAUGGAAUGCUCAGGCUCCUUCCGGAGCCGGAGCCGGGGCAAGCAGACCAAGGGCAAGAGCUGGGCAGGGCUGGAGCUAGGCAAGAGGAUGAAGAGCCGAGUGCAUGCUGAGCACAAUCGGACGCCCCGGGAGGUGGAGGCCACGUAGAAGGGGGCAAAGGAGGGGUGGUCAGGAUGGGCUGGGGGGCCCACUAGCAGCCCCCAGCAUCUCCCACCCACCCAGCUAGGGCAGAGGGGUCAGGACGUCUAUUUGCCUCUUAGAGACAGGUGUCUCUGCCCCCACACCGAUACUGGGCCACCUGCAGAAAAGACUGGGGUCUAAUGGAGGGGCUGGGUUCUUGAGGCCUGUUCCCUGCCCCUCUCUGUGCUCUUAGACCCAGCUGGAGCCAGCACCCUCUGGCUCCUGGCAGCCCCAAUGGAUCUGCCAUUUGUUCUCAGAGAUGGCCUGGCUUCCGGAGCACAUUUCCGGGUUUGCCCAGAGGCAAGAGGGUUGGGUGGUUCUUUCCCAGCCUACAGAACAAUGGCCAUUCUGAGUGACCCUCAGAGUGGGUGUAUGGGUGGGUCUAGGGGGUAUCCCGGUAGGGGGCCUGCAGGGAGCCAGAGGAGGGUGGAAAUGGCCUCUAAGCUAGCACCCCGUAAGAAGAGCCCACCUGACCGACUUGGGGAGGGAACACAGAGGUUUUGGGAAGGUGGAGCAACAAUGCACCUCCCCUCCUGUCACGCCGUGAUAUCUUGGUGGCUCCCUGCCACUGCCCACCGCCUCUUCUCCAUCUGAGAAUCACAGAGAGGCGUAGAUAAUCUACAGGCAUAGACUGCUAGAGCCCCCCGGGAUCUGGGGUGGUCAGGGCUCAGGCUUCACUUUGUAAACCAGGUGGGGGCAACUCACAGCCUGACUUCCCUUCCCCAGGCCAGGGUUUCUGGGAUGCCUGCCCCUCCUGAGAGGACCCCCUCCCCACUGUCAGGCUCUCCACAUCCACGAGCAGGGAGGGGUGGGUUCUGGGGCAUUGUUGUCCCUUGUGUCUGUGGACUAGAGAUAGGGCGGGGGAGCUGGGGAAGGGUGCAGGCGGGAAGAGUGGGCUGUCUUUCCUAGGGUGAUGCAAGCAUGCCGCAGCCCUGGAGGCUGGGAAUGUGGACGCUCUGUGAGCCCUGCAGUCCUCAGAAUCAGGGCCAGGGAUGCAGAAGAUUGAGAGGAUAUGGAGAUGGAGAGAGGGCAGGAGACCCUUAGGAUAGACUGUGGGACCCAGGCAGGAACAGGUGUCCACAAGAACUCAGGAUGGCAUCAGUUAGCUCAGAAGCCACCUGGAAGACCCAGUGUUUCCAUCUCUGGAAUCUCUGUUUUAUGCUAAAUGGAUUUAGGAAGACUGUUUUUCUUUUAAGGGGGAAACAAGGUAGAGAAAAAAACGAAGUGUAAGUCCCGCUGAUUCUCGGGGGUAAGGCUCAGAUGGCAAGGACGCAUUCUGCCUGGGCAUGUAGGGGAGGUGUUUUUGCCAUCAGCAGUUUCUCAGGCUGGGGAGCACAGAGGGGAGGAGGAGGACUAAAUGAAAAGUUGUUCCCAGCCUGCACAUGAACACAUUCAUGAUGCACAAAACUGACUGGAAGGAGAUAAGAGCAUUGGGUUUGAGAUUCCCUCCAUUAAAACAACUAAGACAAAGAAAGGGGAAAAAAAGAUAAAAAGCAAGUCAGAGUUCCCUGCCCCACUGAAACUCAAACCCAGACUGCCUUGGGUUUUAUCUUUCCCUUACCCCUGGCACCUCUAGAGAACUGGGACCUGAAAUAGUCCCUCCUUUCUCCCCUUUGACCAUGUAAUAAAUGAACCAGAAGCACUGAGAUUAACCUAUCAACGCCCUGAGAAGCCUUCUGGCCUGUGGUGCUGUCUGCUGGGAGAUCAGCUGACCAAGGCAGAGGAGAGGAGGAAAGGAUGGGGGCUGAAGAGCAGAAGUGAGGGGAGACAGAAGGGAUUAAAGAGGGGAGGAGAGAGUGCAGAGCUCCAGGAAAGGGUAUCAGAGCUGCAGCCAGCUCUCCCCUCUAGCCUAGGGAGGCCAGAAAGACACAAAUAGCCCUCCGGGCCUUUACGCUGGACUCUGGCUUGGCAGGUUCCAGGCAGGGUCCUAUGGGAAGUUACUCUAGAAAACGAAGGGAGGAGGAGCACAAGAUCCUCAGCAAUGAACACCUGCAUUUAGAAAAAGUGGACAGCUUCUGCCAACCACACCCUACCCACGGUACUGUAUGCUACUAACUCCUGGAAAUGCCCCGUAUAUGCGAGUUGUUUUUGUAUUUGUAUGUUGAGAUGGGCCUUGUGGUUUCUCUGUUCUCAGAGCACAUUUCUUGUAAUUACUAUUGUUAUUUUUAUUGUCGUGACUGCCCCUGAGCUCUGGUGAGAAAAGCCGAAUUUACAAGGAAAGGGAUGAAGUUAAUAUUUGCAUCACAUAAUUAUAUCAUUACUGUGUAUCUGUGUAUUGUACUAAAUGGACUGAUGCCGCGCACAUGAGCUGAAAAUGAAGAGCCCUCCCAUCCAUUCCAUGAGAAAGAAGGUCACCCUGAGUGACCUCUGUUUCAUGAUUUCCCAAACAGGUUUUAGAGCUGGAAAAGGACUUAAAGAAAGAGACUGGGUGGUGCUUUCUAGAAAGGAGGAAGAUGGGUAUCAGGGGAAGGAAGGAGUUAGAGGGCUUUGUCUAUGAAGCCGAGAUUGCUCAUUAAAUGAGGAACAUCCUGGCCUG